AUGGACGCAGGACUUUUACGGCACUACGCAGCGCCUUAUGCUUACAAUUAUCGCGGCAACCUCUAUCGACAAUGGUGGCGCUUCUUGAAUUCAAAAGAUCAGGAGGGGAAUCCGGUUCUCUCUGAUCUCGACAUUCGACGUGUUGCAAGCAAAUACACAACAAAUUGGAAUCCCACAGGCAAAAUCAGAAUUCGAAGUGCAGACCGACAGGCAUUCGUCGACAAUGCUAUAGCCGCCGCGCCAGACGAUAUUCUUGCACACAAGAAAGAUCGACGAGUUGCACUUCCCGAUGGAUCUAAUUGCAAAUACGGCUGUGUUUUCUGCUGGAGAAGAUUCCCCAGAAAAGACAACAGGGAUGCACAUGAGAGAAGCGCAUAUCAAGAAGGUCUAAAUCCGGAAGCUAUCUGCAACCUUCUCCAGGAAACACAUGGUCUUACUGCGUCACCAUGGACCUUGGAGUCCCGCAUAGAAACUUGGAGGCUGCGCCAGAAGGUCGACCUCGGUCCUUACUUCAGCGAGAUCAAAGGUGCAUAUGAGCAAGGUGUAAUUCCAUCGGAGAUUCGAAAGCCCAUAUACAAUAAGUGUAAAGCAAUGAUCAGUGCUAAGGUUUUGAACGAGCACAUGCAGCAGUGGGGACUUCACGUGAGAGCGCCACAAGCAAAGCCGGAAAGGAUCGAGUCCCGGACUGGAGAGGUUGAGAUUGUUCAGGCUACAGCCAUGAGAAAGGAGGUUGUAAAGCUGGGCGUCGAAGAACCCGAUAUUUCACUUUUGAAGACAUUGGUCGAUACGGGGUCCAGCGACUUGCGAAAGCGAAAGUUUGAGGGUCAAGCCGUCAACGCAGUUGCACAGAUAGGAGAGAUUUCAGCUAUCACUUCGGCGGGGGAGAAGAAGGCAUGGUCAGGCGGAAUAUUAUCUUGUACAGACCCGGACGACAUUGAACAAGAUAACGAUGGCGCUUGGGCUGGAUGGACAGGAUUCCCCCCUCGGCUCCAGCAACUCACACCACUCCUGAAUGGAUUGAGGCACGGGCUGAUCUCUUCCGCUAUCAAGAACGGCGCUGGCGUCUAUCUGAAACGACGAAACGAGCAGAACAGCUCAGGUACCACAUUCUGA